AUGGCACUUGAUAGUGGCGAAAAAACCAUCAUUGAUUAUACGACAGAAGGUAGCUUCGAAGAUGUGGAACGUCUACUUAAAGCUCAUGUACCUGUUGAUGUUCAUGACGAGCAUGGUAUGACACCAUUACAACAUGCAGCCUUUAAAGGACAUACGAAAAUUUGUUCGCUACUAUUAGCACAUGGCGCUGAUGUCAAUGAUCAUGAACAUGAUCAGGGUUAUACGGCUCUUAUGUUUGGUGCUCUUUCAGGUAAUAGUGAAGUUAUUCGUAUUCUACUUGAAGCAGGUGCGAAAUCUCAUCAAAUAAAUCGUAUCGGCCGAACAGCUGCUCAAUUAGCUGCAUUUACCGGGCAAAAGCAUUGCGUUGAUACAAUAAAUAAUUAUGUUACACUCGAAGACCUUAAAUAUUAUACGACACCACAAGGUCAAGAAGCAGAAAGCAAAUUACCGGAAUCGUGUGUACAAGGAUUUCAACUUUUACUUAUUACAACGAAUUUCAAUCCAGUUCAUUUGCUCAAUAUUGUUUGUAAAUAUCCGGAAUUAUAUCAACCAAAAUCAAAUCUCAAACGAAUUUCCAAUACAUUGUCAUUUAUAAUUGAACGAUCAUUAGAUCCAUAUCAUACCACUGAACCCAAUGAUAUACUUGCAAUAAAAUCACAUUACAUAAAAACAUUCAUUGAUGCUAUAUUAGAGAAAAAUUCAGAUGAUAUUAACAAAGUCUGUGGUGAUUUGUGUAAAAAAUUUGCACAUGGAACUGAAAAUGAUGAUUUUCGAAUGUUUGAAGAAAAAUUUAUUCGAGAAACUAUUCGUGAUUUUCCAUUUAAACAAUGCCCACUUCUUCAGCAGCUCGUCAGACUUAUCGCUUCAGUUGUAUUGGGUCAAAAUCCGUCCGCUCUAUCUGUCUUAACUACAACUCUCAAUGGACGUACUUUGGGAGAGGAAGUAUCCAAUCGAUGUGAUGCGUGUAGUCAACUAAAUGCCAGUCGUCGUUGCACUGCAUGCAAAUCGGUGUACUAUUGUAAUGAAUCAUGUCAGCGUCUACGUUGGUCUACCCACAAACGCAUCUGUUCUUCAUUGAAUAAUAAUGCAUAG